AUGUUCUUCCCUUUCCAAUUGCCUAUGGGUAGUCAGCUCCUGCCCACAUAUACUCCGGAUGGCCAGAUCACCGGCUUUCGAGUCGCUUCAACAGAUGCCUCUACUAUGCGAUCAGCAACUUCAACAUCCACCGCCGAGUCUUAUCCUGCUCAUUCCUAUCCGCCCCCCUCUUAUGGUGCUGCUCAAGGAGCGACCACUACGAUCACUCCAGCGCUCGGCGAGGAAUUAUAUGUGAAGCAGGCUGAUGGGCAGUUCAUUCCUUAUAAUUCCCGACCUCUUGUCAAUGCGCAUCAACAAGCCGCCUUCAGCUCUGCAAUCGCCCCUCAGCCAGUCCAGACAAUCAACCCCGCGGUAACACCCGCAUGCGCGUCCAUUCCAGCACCCGCACUCGCAUCUGCCCCAGCACCGCCCGCUCCCACCCUCGCACCAGCGCUGUCCAGCAUGGUUCCUCUCUCGAGCGGCCCUGCUAUCAGCGCUCAACCGGACAGUACCUCCUUCGCAGCAGCGGCGAGCGGAGCAGGAGUUGUCCAGUCUGCAGCGGCUGGAAAGACUCCUAGCGCGGCAUCUAUGGCGACGCCAGCCGUGCCUCAUCUUGCAGACUCGCGGGUUGGUGCGAGGUCAGCGACCGACGUUGUGCCCGAAGGGCGUGUCUCCCGUACCGCUGCCGCUACACCAUUGGCUGAAUCCUUCGCAUGGGACCCUUUCAUCGACGGAUAUCAGGUCCUCGAGCUGACCCUGGAUCAGCACGAAUCUUGCAAAGCUCAGGUUCACUGGGCGAUGCAGACUGGUGGUGGUCCUACCUCGGAAAAGCAAGGAACACAGACAAGCACAACCUGGGAAGGCGGCUUCUAUCGCCGCAGGCGAUGCUUAGGUGCGAUUCACUGCAAUAAUCCGAACUGCUCGCUCGUGGGUCGCCCAGCGACUGAGAAGGCGGUGACUGCUAAGCGUGUCGCCGAACUCUGUCGCUGCGGCUCAUCUCGGCGGCUCAUCCCUUGCGAUGUUGAGCUCAGGAGCUGGCAGUAUCGUGAUGGCGUUCAUCUGGUGCAUACUGGAACCCACCACCACGGCCGCCCUCUUCCAAUUCACCUUACUCAAUCGCAGCGGAUCGAGCUCUUCGACCAGUUCAGCAAAAACCCCGAUAAGGGUCCCCUUGCACUAGCGGUGGGCCAUUCUGGCCAGGAUGGCGUCACCAGCAUCUCCCCGCUUCUGCACAAUCUAUCGAAGGUCAAAGCUGAGAAGCGUGAAUACAAGCGCGAGAACACGGCCUCAUUCCCUCGCGAGUUCUCUCAGUUUGACACCGAGAAUCCCGGCGUCAUUGUGGCCAGCCAGUUCUCGUCAGAGAUGGUCAUCUCGAUGCAGACACCCUAUAUGCGCCAGCAGCUCGUUCGCGUGCACACCCUCGCCAGUACAGUCAACGGCAUCGUGACCGACGCAGCUCACAAGUUCUGGCGUGAGAAGAAUACUGUGCUUAUCAUCAGCUCCGUCUACAGCGAUACUCUGCACCGGUGGAUACCCGCCCUUAUAACGUACGCGAACGGUCAGACGGCUGGGCAUUAUGCGGUCCAUUUCGAGACGCUCUUUCAGAGCAUGCAGGAGGAAUGCGCUAUCCAAGGCCGGAUUCUUGAGGAUGAUAUGCUUGCAAAUGUUGUCGACUUCAGUGAAGCGCAGCGUCUCGGCUUCAUACAAGCGUACAUCGCCUUCCGCGCCAACAAUGUCAAUGACCUAGACGAUGAGUUCCUCGUGAAAGAGCUGGAGGGCAGGGCGGAGCGCCUUCUCAAAGGCUGCCAGCAGCACUUUCGAGCGCAGGUUACUCGCGUGUCCGCUAUCAGCGGGGUGGUCAGCGCAGACCAACGGGAGGACUUCAAGCGUCGCGCAGGAUUCCUGCUUGACGUCAACUCGUACGAGACCUUCCAGGGGCUUGCCGAUGACCUCCUUCGCGAUUUCCCGAACAUCAAGCCCUGGCUGGAGUGGUGGAUGCGCCCUGUGCACGCACAGAUGCUGUUCAGGUGCGACCGGGUCAUGGACGAAGGUCUGUGGGAAGCAAUACCCGACACAACAAAUGCGCAGGAGUCCCUACAUCACAAGAUGUACACCGCCCUAGGCGCUGGUAACUUCUCGCUCCUGGACGGUCUUCGCUCCCUUCUGCGGAUGGCGCAGUUCUUCGAGGGACAGCAUAGUCAUGUUGAGCAAGGAGGGAAGAUUACCUACGGUGACCCCGAGCCUUGGAAAACGGCUAAGGCGGCCGAUGGCCUCUCACGAAGGGCUCGAGUCCGUCUGAAGGAGCUCUUGAAGAAAAAAUCCAGCAAAGACCGGCGUGAGAAGGCUCAGCUGGCGGUCGCCUUGCGCACCAAGCGUAGGCCUCUGGCGCACCCACGUAAUGAUGGACGUCCAAAGGACACGGCAAAGCAGCUCAUCCCGCAGCGCGCGCAGACGCAGGGCAGCAACCUUUCGAUGUUUGACGAUGCUUCCACCGACUCUGCCGCUUCAAUCACUGAAUUCGAUUCGCCCGCCCUGUCGCCUUCUCCUGUCUCCAGUCAACAUCGCUCUGCUGUCCCGGACGAGCUUGCCGGCCUCCGGUGGCUGUCUAAUUCAUGCUGGUUAGACGCUGGUCUUCAAGCUCUGUACUACGCCAUCACUUGCAGCGACCACUUCAAUACUAGCUUCGUCCCUCGUGUCGACCAACGGCUUCUACCUCAUAGCGAGUCGUCACCUAUACAUGAAUUCUUUCGGCUCAUCAUCGAUCGAUACUCCGCUGAGCACAGUGGAGAGGAUACCGUCCAGAGCCGCGCCGAGCUGGAGCAGCGGUUGGACAGCCAUACUGCUCAGUUCACCAAUCGCCGUGAUCUGCUUCGUUCAUCCCUUGUCCAGUCGGGGACUAUUAGCGCCUCAGACAGUAUAUUCUUCCCUCUUCCAUGGCUUUGGACCGAAUUGCGCCAGCAUGCGUCACUGAUUGGCCCCCCAUUCUCUCGCGGGGGAAUCACCGCGCAACACACGUACUUCGCCUCCGCGUCCUACAAGUUCCGGCGCUGCUCUGGCGCGGUUAAGGGAGCAAAGCGCAUGCCCCACUACCAACUGGCGCCUCAUCCGCGACUGAGCUACCAUAUUGAACUUCCGAAUAACCGCGCCGAUGCUGCACGCUACGAAUUCGACAUAAGUCGCGUCUUCAAAGACUUUCUCAAGCUCCCGACGAAGCAGCCGCACUUCUCGGACAGCAGCCCAUGCUGGCGCAAGCGCGAUGAUGAUCUCUUAUGCGAAGGGGCAACUUGUACAGAUCCGGACAUUGUUCUCUCCAUUCCGGUCGUGUUGGCUGUGACACUGAACGGCGUUGAGACGGCCGCUACCAGAUGGAGUGUUCCGGAACAUCUGUACCCCCAUACUCGUAACACAGAGGAUCAAAGCCAAGGCCUCGUCUACGACAUCGUCAGCAUGAUCUGCUUCGAGCGCAAGAAGGAGCAUUACUGGGUUUUAUUUACCCCGGACGGGAAGGCGGUCUACAAGCAUGAUGGUAUGCACCACCGUGGGCGAUCAAUCCUGCUCCCUCACGCCACGGUCGGAGAUACUCUUGCAAAGACCAUCGAUAUCACACCUGCCAGUGACGUCUGGCCCCAGCAGAUCAUCUACCGCCUCCGCGGGGGAUCCACCGCGCAGCAGCUCUUCUACAACCGACGUGUUGACGCCCUCGAAAGCGCUGUUCCAGACAUCAUCCUUUCCCAAGCUAGCGGACCGUGGCCGGAGUCGAUCCUCUCCGAUUCUCCCCCACAUCUGCCUUAUCUUCCUACUGCAACUAUGCAUGAAUCCCGGUUCCGCCGUGUUCCCCUAGCGGAGCAGGAUUGGAGGGUGCCACAGCGCAUUCUCGUUGGUGAUGGCGAGGUACUGGAGUAUUCUGAAGACCCUUUUGGUGCAUUCUGGGAAUAUGUGCCCGUUGCGUCUGUAGAUCAUUCAAGUUCCUCGCCGGUGAAGGCAGCAAAGCGACGUCGCGAAAGCACUGCAUCUACGGUGGUGACAGCUUGCGAUGAUGGAGAUACAAUAUUGCCGCCGCUGAACAAGCGGUCCCGCCCGUUGACUGCUGGCCACGAACUGGCUGAACCUGCUGUCAAGCGCGAGAACAGAAGCGCUCGGACGCGGAAGGAUGAAGCAUCAUCAACAAGCAGACAUAGAGCACGCGCUUCUGCGAUGUCGAGCAAGUCUGUGCGGGUUGUCGCCAAGAGCGGACGGGUGAAGGACCCCGGAGCAAGCUCAAGUCCUCGGCCUCAAGCCGGCGAUGAGGCCUCCGAAGUUCAGGCUGGAGAUCCUCCUGCAGCGCCUUCUUUAGAUGCCUUCACUGGCGCCAAUUCCAAGCUCCCAUCCGACACGUCAGACACUGGCGACGAAGAGCAGAGCAGGAUGUGCUGUCGAUGCGGGCUCACAGGCGAUGCAGAUGAACUACUGGCUCGUGCGGACAGCGUCAAGCACGGCCCAGUAAUUCAGUGCGAUAUAUGUCGCGCCUGGUCCCACAUGGCUUGCCAGCGGGACGGAUUUGCUUCGCUUCUCCAGCGUUCACAGUCAUUCAAAUGUGACAACUGUUCGCUGGCUCCUCUGCUUCCGCAAAGCUCAAAUGAAGGUGCCUUCUAUGAUGGCCUGAAAAGCAAAGCCAAGAAGCGUGGAGGCGUGAAGUCUCGUCUCACAAUCGGCCAAGGCUGUCUUAUUAGAGACAAUACUCAGAGCGUGUUCUGGUAUCCCGCUCGCAUCAUCGACUAUGACUCCAUGCGCAUGGAGUGGACUGUCAUGCUUUGGCGUGGUCGCCACUUCUGUCCGUCCGAGACUAAGCGCGGUCUCUUGCGCACAGUGGCGCUCCCGAACAUUGUGGAUGAGCUCUGGCAGCAGCGUGAGGAGCGGCGCAAGAUACGAGUUGAGCCGCCUCUUGGUAAAUGGCAGCCAGGCUGGGAGUCUCUUGACGCAGAGGACAUCAUCACGUCUUUCAGAGACUUUCCUUUCACCACCGCCAUCGACAAGGUUUUAAAGCCGCAUCGAGCUCUCUUGACUGAUAUGCUGCUCGAUGGCCUAGAUAGCUCGAGCGCAGCGGUGCAGGCAUCGCCUUGCAUGAUAUACCUAAAGGAACAGAGCAUGCAGAAGUCACGAGACAAGUUGACAAUUGCAAAGGGAUCCAUACCGCUUGAAGGACCCCUUUCACCAGAAGAGCGUGCACGCAUAGCAAACUGGAUCUGGUGCAUGGUUCCUGGCGCACAGGAGGGUUUGUUGGCGCUCGAAUGGCUUGGGAAGGCUACAAUGGCGCAUGCCGAGCUUCUUGUCAUUGCCGCUAAUAGGCAGAUAUCCUUGGAAGAUGCUUGGUCAGCCAAGAAGACGGAGCGAUGGAGCAGUAGAAGAGCGCAGUCCGCUGUUGAUGUGGAUUUGGAAUGCCUCCGAAUCUUCGAGCGUAAGCUCUUUGAGAAAUCGGAGGCGUCCGGUCCUGCAGGCAACUGGCAGUGGGGCCUUGAUGCGGGGCCGCACCAGCAUGGCUGGAACCCUGAUAUGGACUACACACAGUGCAAAGGAACUUGGACGAAAGGUGAUACGGAGGAGGAUGAGCUUGACCGGCUGCCCGGCGACGGCUGGAAAGAUGCUUCCGCAGCCGAGCUGCAGUGCGAGCCAGCCCCAAAGAAGUUGCGGCGCUCGGGCAGCAAGCCAACUCAAGGUGUAACGCUCCCACUGCCUGCCUUCAGAACUACAAGGAGUCGUACUAAGGGUGAGCAAGUGUAG